CUUUCCUAUUGGCCGUUCGAUUGGGCUCCUUCCCUUCACCCCUCCCGGUAGCUCUUAUAAAUUACAGCAAAUUGGUUAUCCUUUUCACUUCCAUCUCCUUGAAUAAGAAGCUGUAACUGCAUUUUUGGCCGUAAUGUCAGGACGCGGAAAGCAGGGAGGCAAAGCUCGCGCCAAGGCCAAGUCGCGGUCGUCCCGCGCUGGCCUGCAGUUCCCGGUGGGCCGAGUGCACCGCCUGCUGCGCAAGGGCAACUACGCCGAGCGGGUGGGGGCCGGCGCGCCGGUGUACCUGGCCGCGGUGCUGGAGUACCUGACGGCGGAAAUCCUGGAGCUGGCGGGGAACGCGGCCCGCGACAACAAGAAGACGCGCAUCAUCCCUCGCCAUUUGCAGCUAGCCGUGAGAAAUGACGAAGAGCUCAACAAGUUACUUGGGGGUGUCACCAUUGCCCAGGGCGGCGUCUUGCCCAAUAUCCAGGCGGUCUUGUUGCCCAAGAAAACGGAGAGUCACAAGCCUGGCAAGAACAAGUAAUUAGGAAGGUCGAGACCAUCCCCACUAACCCCAAAGG